ACAGCUAGAAUUCAAACAUUUGAAUAAUUAUUAUUUUUAAUUGUUAUUUUCAUAAGUAAAAGAAUCAUUGUAAUGCAUUUAAAAACUAUAUUAAUCUUUUGUUCAUUUAGUUUUUUUAAGGACACAAUGAGCGAGGGACUUAAUAUAUUUCACAUAGAUUUCUUUGAAACUUUGAUAAUGAGUAAAUAUGGUGAAAAUAUUACUAAAAUUAAUCAAGCAUUAUUAUGUCAUGAAAUCAGAUUAACUUUCAAUAAUUAUAACCUUGAAGAUAAAAAAAGUGUAAGAAUUUUCAAGAUUUUCAAUUUUUUGGUUCAUGUUAAAAAGACAGGCGAUGAAAAAACAAUAGAAAAACUUAAUGAAAAUGAUGUUGAAAUAAUCUCAAAUAUAUUCAGUAAUCUUGACACAGACAACGAUGGCUUGAUAAAUAAUGAAAAAUUAAUUACAUUGAUUGAUUCUAUUGGCUACUGUUCUUCUACUGGAAACGUAAUUAUAAAUAUUUAUAAUUAUUUACGUACGAGUUACACGAGUUGCCCAGCAAUUUUUUCUCUCUACUCAAAAAUAGUAGAGCCUAUACUGGAUAUACCAACGCGAGAUCUCAAAUAA